AUGGGAUUACCGCGUCACCGACAAGAACAAGAAAAAGAUACGAAUCGGAAUUCCGAGACGGCUGCUCACGUGGGACGAAAUGUAAACGAAACGCUUGACAAGUUGCAUUCUAAUCCCGCGCAUUACGCUGGUUACUCGUCGUCGGGAAAUUUGUCGCGAGCCGCUAAACCGAAUUACUCGCGCAAAGACGUUGUUUGCUGGCUUUGUUCGCAAGAUGCUUACACGCUACAUCGUCCCGUGCAACAAAAGUUUCCCCGACUGCAUUACAACGUGACGAAUGUCGACGAUCACUGGGAGGCUGAUUUGAUAGAAUUGCGAAAUUUGCGAAGCUAUAACGACGGAUAUUGCUAUCUACUGACAGUUAUCGACGUGCUCAGCAAAUUCGCGUGGGUGGAACUGUUGCGAGACAAAACAACUGCUCAAGUCCUUCGUGCGUUUCAACGCAUGCUCUCGAGAAGUGGCAGACAAAGACCCGUAUAUCUGCAAACUGACAAAGGUAAAAAAUUUAUCGCACAUCCGCUGCAAAAAUUUCUCAAGGAAAAAGGAAUUUGUUUCCGUGUGGCGCGUAAUCCCGACGUUAAAGCAGCCGUGAUCGAGCGUUUCAAUAGAACGCUAAAAGAGCGCAUGUGGCGCUACUUCACGCACAAAAACAUGAAACGUUACCUCGAUGUCUUGCAGGAUAUUGUGCACGCGUACAACCAUACGCCGCACUCUUCCAUACGCAUGAAACCCGCGGAUGUUACGGUGGAAAACGCGAAUAUUGCGCGCAAAAACACGUGGCAUCGCUGGAAAAAACAGCAAGCGAAAGCAGCUAAAUACUCCGUCGACGAUCUCGUACGUGUUAGUAGAGCAAAAGCCGCCUUUGAGAAGAGAUACAAGGCCAAGUGGAGCGAAGAGAUAUUUCGAAUUCAUCGUGUUCUCGAGUGGCGAGAUCCGCGCGUUUACGAGCUGAGUGAUUUAGCGGAUGAAGUUAUAGACGGAAUUUUCUACGAGCAAGAACUGGCUCCUGUUGUUAAAAACUUACAAGAAGAAACUUUCAUCGUUGAUCGGGUCAUAAAGAGCAAAGGUCGGGGACGUAAUAGGCAACUGCUAGUCAGUUGGCAAGGUUAUCCGUCUAAAUUCGACUCGUGGAUUCCGGCUUCGAGGUUAACAACGCUUGCACAAGGCGACGACAAUGAUGGCGACAAUGAUGAUGACAAUGGAGAAACAUUUUUUCGUAGUUCUCCCGAGCAAUAG